AUGGCUGCUAGGAUGGCUGCGACGACGAUGUAUACCGGGGCUGUCCAAAAUUUCUCCGUCUGCGUUGGUGUAGUCGAACAGCUGACACGUUGUUGCCUAUCUGUCAGAGGUCCCGUACACGAUAUUCCGCCUGCAUGCUCGUUCUUAUUAGCUGCGCUCGAAUUCCUGUCUGCAUUGGCAGACCAUUGUCCAGAAGAUUCUGACCCCACUCAUUUGGAAGUCCUGGGUGCCGAAGGCAUUUCGCUGCAGUUCAGGCACAUCUGCAGCCACCUUCUUUGGUGCUGCGCAUCUCCCGACGUCUCGAAGAGCCACGGCAAAGAGGAAUCCAACGACGAGGUCGAGUACCAGGAACUCCUCCAUCUAGUCAUCAUCGUCACCGGAUACUUCGCUAUAGAAAACAACAAUAACCAGAUUCUAGAAGAAUUCCGCAAGUCCGAAUCGGGUCAACGACAUCGUUUGGUAAAGGUGUUAUCCAAAAAGGCUUCAUAG